GGAGUAACUGAGACACACUACAGGAGUGGGCUGGCCUUCACAGAGGAGAGAGAGAGAGAGUAUGUAUGUAUAGAAGAGACUACAGCAUUGCGCCAACCCCAAAGGAGGUUCUCUUCACUGAGGGAUUUUAGGAAGAAUUACCUUUCUCUUCCAUCACAUCUAUCCAUUUUUCUUCCUUUUUCCACCGUUACCCAGUGGCAGCGAUAUCCACUCAUCAUUGCCCUCCCUGCACCAGGCUGUUCUUCCGGGCAUGCUACUUAAGCCCAAGUAUGGCCGCUUUCGCAACGACUCUGUGACCUCCUCAGACGACCUGAUACAGAGCUUAGCCAUGAGCGGGAAGGUGGUAGCCACAGCAGUGGCUCCUUCUUCAGUACCAAACUCACCAGUGCCACCGAUGGAACCCACCAUCCUCACCCCACCCUUAGUCCAGGCAUUGGAUGAGUCUCCUGGCCUGGAUGGUGAGCAGGACAGUGCCACCACCUUCUGCAUGCUCAUCCCCAAGAUGCCCCAAUGGAAGUUCUCCAACUCGCUGCUGAGCUGCAGCCCAUCUAGCAGUGCUGCUUCCAGCUCCAGUAAGGAUUCCAGCAAAAACACCAUGGCCAAGGCGUCCCCAGCCUCCUCCAGGAUAGCUGCAACCUCCAGCGGCCCCAUGACUAGCCUCGCUGCUGCACUUAAUUCCUGUGACCCUGUCUGUAUGGGUCCCUGUUCCCUGCAGGCUAUGAGCAGACACAGGGUCGCUGUGGGCUCAGCUAGUCCCAAUAGCUUUGGAGGUACAGAGACAGCAGUGGGGACCCCGGGCAGCACUGGGAGCUUCCGCACAGGCAUCAACCGCAGGACCAGAGUGGAUGGCAUAUGGCUUGGUGGAGAAGAUCUUAGCCACAAAGGCAAUUUCAUCCAUAAGCCCACACAAGGCUGGCUCCAUCCAGACAACAAAAUCAGCAGCACAGGAGUCUCCUACAUUGUAAAGUAUUUAGGCUGCAUUGAGGUGCUUAAAUCAAUGCGUUCGCUGGACUUCACCACAAGAACACAGGUGACGAGGGAGGCUAUCAACAGGCUGUGUGAAAUAGUUCCAGGAGGGAAAGGGGUGUGGAAGAAGAAGGCUGCCAACAAGGCUCUUCAUUCCGUCAUGGGAAAGAGUAACUUGCAUUUCGCUGGCAUGCGUAUAGCUGUCAGCAUCUCAGUAGAAGGGCUGAAUUUGCUUGAUCCUACCACGAGACAGGUGAUAGCACAUCACCCUAUGCAGUCCAUCUCCUUUGCUUCUGGAGGAGACACGGAUACACCUGAUUAUGUUGCAUAUGUUGCCAAAGAUCCUGUCAAUCAAAGAGCAUGCCAUAUUCUGGAGUGCUGUGCAAACCUCGCCCAGAGCAUUAUCAGUACGAUCGGCCAAGCCUUCGAGCUGCAGUUCAAGCAGCACCUGCACAGCCCGCCCAAAGCCACAGCCAGCCAGGACAGGAAUGUAAGGACAGAGGAGUCAGCGUGGGAGGAUGAUGAAAUGUUUUUAGAGCAUGAUUACUACAACAGAAUACCAGGAAAAGAACCUCCAUUGGGAGGAGUCGUGGACUCGAGGCUCAGGACGCCAGGAGCCAUGCCAGGCCACAUCCACUGUGUGCCACAGAGCAAAGCAGCACAGCCUGGAUCUACAGCUAGGAGAGACAUGCCCUCACUACCUGCAGCUCAGCUGUGUUAUGAAGUGCAUUGGGACAUGGAGAACUGCAGUAGCUCAAGUGUGACAUCUGAUGGGUAUUUGAGAGCAGAUGGACAUCCUAAUAGUAGCCAGGAUUAUGAGGAGCACCUGUAUGUGAAUACACAGAGUCUGAACAACACAAGACCGUCAACAGAUGCACAAGAGGAAUGCAGCCCUGAGAGCCCCAAAAAAGACAUCUUUGACAUGAGUAUGUCAGAUCAAAGACCACAGUCAGGACCUUUUGAAGAUGCUCUGCGUCUGCAUGAGGCUGGUAGUGUGUGUGUGCUGGAGGACAAGUGGCCAAGUCCUCCACAUCGCAGAGCUCCUGUAGCCCCUACUGAGGAGCAGCUCUCUCGAGAAGCCUGGUAUCAUGGGAGAAUGAGCCGCCGUGAUGCAGAGAAGCUCCUUAUCCAUGAUGGAGAUUUCCUAGUGCGGGACAGUGCCACUAACCCAGGCCAGUAUGUACUGACAGGGAUGCACUGCGGCCUGCCGAAGCACUUGCUCCUGGUGGACCCAGAGGGAGUGGUACGUACUAAAGACAUGCUAUUUGACAGCAUCAGUCACCUGAUCAACUAUCACCUGAGCAACAAGCUGCCCAUUGUAGCAGCUGAAAGUGAACUUCAUCUCCAGCAGGUGGUGUACAGAAAGCAGUGACCACCAAUCAGAGCACCAAGUGUGCAAGCGUGUCAGGAUUAAAAGGCAACACUUGCACAUCUUCACAUAAGGAACAAGUAGUGGUACAAUUCAGCCGUAUUGUAUUAAUAACAGACAUUCCAUCCUUCAAACCUUAAAACACUGUAACUUAGCAAAAUUGCCCUUAGGUUUGAAUGAGUGUGUACACAAUGCCCUGUAAUGAACUGGAGUCUCAUACAAGAUGUGUUCCCACUUCACACCUAGUGUUCUCUGGAUCCACCGCAAUCCUGACCAGGAUAUAGCGUGUACUGAGAGAGAGUGAGUGUAAAGUAGUAGGAAUCCUGUUAUUAUUCUCAGGUUAUAAAUGAAGCUAGGCAUCAUUUUGUGCAGCCAACCCUGGGCCCCUACACCUUUGCCUUAAACGCAGAUUUGAAACUUUUUUUGGACAUUAUUAAACGUGGGAAUGGAACAAAAUUCCCAUCAGCACCUUAGACACAGCUGGCAGCAGAUUUCAGAAGCACGUGAAAAAUGUGCUGGUGUUAAAUUAUACCACUUCUAGCAAAAAGGCACAAGAUUGUAACUGUGUUAAAAAUGUUGGUGUAAUAUUCUUCUCAGGAUGCAGUGUUGCAGUGCUGUUUUUUUAUGUUUAUUUCUUUACAACAAAUGUUCCCUAGAUCUGGGUGGAAAGAAGGGAUUCAAUUCCCCAUAGACAUAUGUUUUUAACCUCUUCAUCAUUUUAGAAUUUUUUUCUUUUUACCUACAGUCACAAAUAGCUUUAAUUAAUGACCAUAAAUAUCAUAAAUGCAAACUUUCAGUUGCUCUGUCCUUUGGUAUGGCUCAUGAAACCUUGAAGGAAAUGUAACAGAGAGAACAGGAACCCUAAAUUUGAAGGCAUUCAAGAAUGAUGUAGAGUUAAGUUACUGAUUUUGUUCAGUUGGCCUUGUUCUUUGCUCAGAAUGACUUAGAAGAGUGGAUGACAAAAUACACAAUUGGUGUUUCUCAGACGUACGUGUUAAAUACAAGACACGGUGCCUAGUUUACUUGUGUGUCACCAUCAAAACAACUCUGAACAGCGAAAGCAGGCAAAUAAUAUGAGCUCAGCUACAGUACAGCUAUGAUUAACCUUCUGUUCUUCUCUUACAGAUAUCACUCUUUCAAAUUUUGUUUGUUCAAUCCAUCUCCUGAUUUAGAAAAAUGCGAAACAUAAAUAUGAAGAAUUCUUUGCUCAGAUGUUAUCUCAUUUUUAUGAGAUGUAUAAAAGAAGGAUAUUAAGGAGGUGGAUAUGUCAUGUCCAGUUGUGAAAGGCAUCGUCUAUUUAUUUUUAAAAUCAUUAUGAUCAUCCAUAAAAUUACAAGGUUGAAAUAUUUCAAGAAAAAAGAAUGUAACAAACAAAAAUAUUAUGGUAUUCAUUUAGUUUCACUCUGCACUGGUACCACUCUCUUCUCCAGGUCUGUCUGCCACAGGAACCAGUGUGGAUGAUGGUUCUGGCAGAAUAAGUGACACUGCAUGAGAAUUUAAAUGCCAGUUUGUUGUGAAUCCAUUCAGCAGCUCUUUAAGCAUAUUUAUGUAUCCUUUGAGGCCAUUUAAAUAAAAAAUAUUUUUU